GCCAACUUGGAACACACGUCAAACGUCAUGCAGAUGUGGGCUCUCUCUUAAAGCUGAGCCCUUCACACUUCCAACUGCUGAUCGAAGGAGAAGUCGCUCCCUCUCGUGUAACCCUCCUCUAAAACAUUUUCACUCUACCUUCUAAUCUCUCUCUCACACACUCACACUCGAGAUCGAGAGAGAGAGUCUUUCGUGGUGAAGCAAUAAUGGUUUCUUUUCAAAAUUCGACACCCCAUUCACCGAACCGGAGGGGGACGAUCAUUCAAGGUUUGGAGAGUCUAUCCAAAAAGAGAAAGUGGGAAGAGACGCAACAACCACGGCGAGGGCGACGGCAAGAAGGAGCUGAAGAACCCUUCUGGAAACGAUCGCCGUCAUCGUCGGAGACAGCAGAAGCCACGAGGACAGUGCUCGACAUCGAGCUCCACCUCGAAAGUCCCUUGCCUUCUGAGUGGCAACGGUACCUUGAUAUUCAGUCCGGACAGAUACACUUCUACAACACAAGAACACACAAGAGAACGUCAAAAGAUCCUAGAGAAACCUCGGACACAGGUCACCCAGCUCGUCCUGGUCAUCACGUGAGCUUAGACCUCGAGCUCAACCUCCCUUAUAACCACGACCAGCAAGACGAUCAUGAGGACCUAUUCUCAAGGACAAUGCGUCACUCGAGCAAUCUCUCAGAGAAAAAAUCAGGACGACAAGUGAAAAAGGUGCGAUCGUGGUUGGGAUUAGAGACGAGAGACGAAAUUAAAGGAGAAGAGGAGGAGGAGGAGGUGGAUCAUAUGGUCACGACAGUUUGCAUGAGGUGUCACAUGCUGGUGAUGCUAUGCCAGUCGUCUCCGACAUGUCCCAACUGCAAGUUCUUGCACCCGCCAGACCAGAGCCAUCGGACACUCUUCAAGGGCCGUUGUAGCCUCCUAUGCUAAUAGUGAUAGUUUGAGACAUAUGUAUGACCCUAAGCUUUGUUUAUUAAUUAGUACUAGGUUAAUCCGGGUGAUGAAUAUAUACGUAACCCAAGAAGUUUGUGCUGUGAUUGUCGCUUUGAGAGAGGAACAGAGAGAUUGAGAGAGCUAAGAAGGGAAGUGGGACUAACGCAGAUGAGUGUAAUGAUAGCUAGUACGAUAUGAUAUGGUAUGAUAUAUAUUUACAAGGA